AUGGGACAGGGACAAUCAUUGGGAAACCCAGAGAAGGAUCCAAAUAAGAAGGAUCAGAAACAAAAGUAUCAACCACCUCCUCCCCCAACUCAAAUGGGCAAGAAGAAGAAGAGAAGAGGAGCCGAGGCAUCUACAAAGCUCCCAGUCGUUGCACCUCAUAUCAAGUGCAAGUUAAAGAUGCUGCGAUUGGAACGUAUCAAGGAUUAUUUGUUGAUGGAGCAGGAGUUCUUGCAGAACUAUGAGAUCGCUCAACCCAAGACUGAAGACACCAAGAACGAGGUGUCUGACGAGAAGAUGAUCGAAGAGAUUCGUGGUGACCCUCUCACCGUUGGUACCAUCGAGGAGAUCGUCGACGACAACCACGCCAUCGUCUCUAGCUCUGUCGGUCCGGAGCAUUAUGUACGCAUCAUGUCCUUUGUUGACAAGUCCAAGCUGUUCCUGGGCGCCACCGUACUGCUCCACAAUAAGACUCUGUCGGUGGUCGGUGUGAUCGACAGUGAGGUCGACCCAAUGGUUAAUGUGAUGAAGGUCGAGAAGGCUCCACUCGAGUCCUACAGCGAUAUUGGUGGUCUUGAGGCCCAGGUGCAGGAGAUGAAGGAGGCCGUCGAGUUGCCACUCACACAUCCAGAAUACUACGAGGAGAUUGGAAUCAAGCCACCAAAGGGUGUCAUCCUGUACGGUGAGCCUGGUACCGGUAAGACCCUGCUUGCCAAGGCCGUUGCCAACCAAACAUCCGCCACCUUCCUUCGUGUGGUCGGUUCCGAACUCAUCCAGAAGUAUCUUGGUGAUGGUCCCAAGCUAGUCAGAGAACUGUUUAGAGUUGCCGAGGAGUUGGCACCAUCCAUUGUAUUUAUUGAUGAAAUCGAUGCCGUCGGUACAAAGAGAUAUGAUUCACAGUCCGGAGGUGAGAGAGAGAUUCAGAGAACUAUGCUUGAGCUGUUGAACCAGCUUGAUGGUUUCGAUUCGAGGUCUGAUGUCAAGGUUAUCAUGGCCACUAAUAGAAUUGAGACAUUGGAUCCUGCUUUGAUCAGACCAGGUCGUAUCGAUAGAAAGAUUGAGUUCCCUCUGCCAGACAUCAAGACCAAGAGAAGAAUCUUUGAGAUCCACACCAGCAAGAUGAACCUAGGCGAGGAUGUCAACCUAGAGGAGUUCAUCAUGUCCAAGGAUGAGCUGUCCGGUGCCGACAUUAAGGCCAUUUGCACAGAGUCUGGUCUGUUGGCUCUCCGUGAGAGAAGAAUGAGAGUGACUCACGCCGACUUCAAGAAGGCCAAGGAGAAGGUUUUGUACAGAAAGACUCAAGGUGUUCCAGAGGGUCUAUACAUGUAA